GGCCGGGCCAUGCCCCCGGCCCGCCCCCGGCCCCGGGCGGGGCUGCCCCGUGCCCGGCCCCGGCAGUCCCGCCGCGGUCUCGCCUCCGCCCGGCUCUGGCCGUGCUGGCGGUGGCGCUGCCGGGCGGGAAUCAGUGCCAGGGGCCGGGGCGGCAUCGCCGCCCUUUGCCUCCGCCUGGCCCGAGCCCGGCCCCGGACCCAAGGCAGGGUCCAGUCCCGGCCCCGGCCCGGGCUCCUCCCGCGGCCCGCAGAGGACACACGCGGCGCGGCCGCUCCCGCCGCCUCCGCCGCGGCUUCCCCUGCCCGAGCUCCGCCGCUCGGCAGCGCGGCCACCAGCCCCGAGCCUCCCGUGCCGCGUUCCCGAGAACGAACGCCUGGGCAUGGCCGGCCCGGGGCGGGUGAGGGGCGCUCGGGGGCCGUUGCUGGCCCCGAGCCGAGCACUGACCGCCGCGUUCCGCCCGCAGGGACGGCGCAGGAGGCCCUGCAGGAGCGGCACGGGCCGGGAUCGCUUCUGGGGCGCGGGGGAUUUGGAGCUGUUUAUAGAGCCCUUGACACCAGCAGCGGACAACAGCUCAGCCCUGAGCCCAGCAAGUGCAGCUCCAGCAUCAGCACUCCCAGCUGGAUGGCACCGGAGGUGGUGAGAGGAGAAGCCUACGGCCCCAAAGUGGACAUCUGGUCCCUGGGGAUCAUGGGGCUGGAAAUGGUGGAAGAGGAAGCUCCUUAUGAGGGGGAAGCCCGUCUCAGGGUUUAUGAACUGAUAGAAAGGAACGGGUCCCCAAAACUGCAGAAGCCCCAGCACCACUCGGCUCUCCUGCGUGACUUCCUCUGCUGCUGCCUUCAGGCAGACAAGGACAGGCGCUGCUCUGCCCAGGAACUCCUGCAGCGCAAGGGCGCCCCUGUGCCCCUGGAGCCGGCGCUGCUGUGGAAGGUGUCGUGGCCUGGCUUCUGCGGCGUCGUGCGGCUCCUGGACUGGUUCGAGGUUCCCGAGGGCUUCGCGCUGCUCACGGAGCGUCCGCAGCGCUGUCAGCCUCUGUACUUCCUGCACGAACAGUGGUUCCUGACGGAGCCCGUGGCGCGGGGGCUGCUCCGCCAGGUGCUGGAGGCCGUGUGGUGCUGCAGCAGCCAGGGUGUCCUCCACCGUCACAUCAAGGCCGAGAACGUCCUCGUCAACCUGGCCACGGGUGAGGCGAAACUCCUCGACUUCGGCUGCGGCACGAUCCUCCAGGACACGUUUUACACCCAGAUGUCAGGAACACCGGAGUACAGCCCACCGGAGUGGAUCCUCUUUGGCUGCUACCAUGGCCAGCCAGCCACCAUCUGGUCCCUGGGCAUCCUGCUCUAUGAGCUGGUCUGCGGGCACUUUCCUUUCCACACCAACGAGGACAUUGUCCAGGGCCAGCUCUUCUUCCUGCCCUGGAUGUCUCAAGAGUGCCAGCACCUCAUCAGGUGGUGUUUCUGCAUGGACCCCACAGACAGGCCAUCACUGGAGGACCUUUUUGAGCAUUCUUGGCUGCAGGAGCCCUGCCUGGCCCAGAAGACAGCAGAGAUGCAUCCCUGUGCACAGCACAACUGGCGCGUUCUUCUGGAGCACGACGUGGAGCUGGGAACACCAUCCUGGAGCUGGGAACACCAUCCUGGAGCUGGGAACACCAUCCUGGAGCUGGCCGCCGGCGGGGCAGAGCCCAUUGGCUUUGGCUGCGGCCCCUGCCUGGAGGACACGCUCUGCGCCCCAAUGCAAUCAAGAGGAGUCCCCAGCCGGCGCAGGGACGGGGGGAUGCUGGUGCUUCCAGGAGGAUUACACCUGGUUCCCGGACCGGACGGGGGAGCGCCUGCAGUGUCCAGUGCCAGCGCUACCCCAGGGGCCACGGUCUGUGGGGACAGCCCCUUCCAGAAGGACGAGGACCUGGUGCGGGAUCGGCUCCUCUCCUGGCAGCAGCUCUCCAGAGAUUUCAAGAAUCGUAAAUAG